CUUGGUAAUCAAGUUAAGCCAAGUAAAGAUGGAAAGAAUGGGUCAAGGGAGAUCCCAGAAUCAGUGAGGUUUACCAUAAAUAAGCCACAGAAGAUUUAUGUUGAUCAACCAGCUGUUAAUUGUGAUUUGAACGUUAAUGAGCAAUCCAAUGGUGAAGUUACUUUGUUCAAUGUUACAUUUAGUUUUGAACAAGGUGUUCAUACUGGGAGGGAUAGUGCUUUGAAUGUUAAUGUGCAAUCCAAUGGUAAAGAUUCUUUGGUUAAUAUUCCAGCAAAUUUCGAGCAAGGUGACCAUUCUGGAAAGGAUGAUGUGAAUCCUUAUAAGCAAAUAGAGGAUGAGUUAGUUACAAAUCAAGUGGAUAAUGAAACUCAUGUGCAUACACCUGUCAAGGUUCAAGAUUCUCGAAGUUUUACUAUUCUGAAUAAACAAUUUUCUGAUGUUGUGGAUUCUACAUUUUUUCUUGACCAUAAUUAA